UAUCGUAGAGGCCAAAAAGACUUUGCAUUUAAUUUUCGUCUAGAGGCACGAAAACUCUAUAAGUGCUUGGAAUACCUGGUAGAACAUGGCUCUGAUUCGGAGAAACAAAAAGCCCAAGAGUUACUCAACGUUUUUGAGGCGAGCAUUUUUUUUUUUAAUUUCAUUUUGAUCACCACUGGCAGGCAAUAUGGAGGGCCUAUUAAGAAAGUAUACUUCCACGACUACGGUGGGCGCCUGCGUCCCGCUCACUUUAUGCCGUCCCGUUGUGGUCUACAAGCUUGGCUGUAUAUGGUUUCUCUUGUAGAGGAUAAAAAUGGUAACAGAUUAUGUAUUUCUUGUAGAACCAUCGAAACAAGUUUUCAGACGUCAGUCAGUUAUGGGAUGAAUGAAUGUCUGGGCAAACAAUAUACCAAUGAAAAAAAACGACUGCAAUUAGAUCAGGUAAAAGUAGCACGCGCUAUGGCACAGGGGACUGAAGAUGGUGUGAGAAAUAUUCUGAAAAAUGUCAAUGCGGAGUUGGAAAAGGAAGAACCAAUUGCACACGCCAUCCAACCAAAAAAGCUAAAAAGAAAAUAUGAUGCCGAUGAAGAAAAUUUAGGAAUAAAUGAAAGCUCAGAUAACAUCAAUAUAGAAUCUACUGAAUUGGAACCUAAUGAUGAAAUAAAUACUGCUGUUGAUGAAAUUCUGGACCUUGAUCCAUUAAGCAAUGUAAAAUCUGAUAUUAGUGAAAUAGAAUCUGAUAGUGGGUUAUCUACUGUACGGAAAUAUCCCGAUAAAGACAGUCCAGAUAACGUUUGGAUAUUGCCUUCCAGAAAAUCUAUUGACAAAGUUAUUCGUGGCCCGAAAAAUCUACACAAAUCACACCUGUCGUGUUUAAGUAUCAUACGCAUUGGUCCAAAAGUCAGAAAACCUGAAUGGAUUGUGCAAGCAGAUUGGGAUUACCUGAAUUUAAGCAUUGAAUAUCCGCAUUACGAUUUGUCAAAAGAGAUCGAAAAUCUAUUUGUUGAAUUAUUAGAAACAUCGGCAUUCCAUAGUAUUAAUAAAAACGAGGUGUUGUUAGGAUCACUUAUAAUUCACCCAGUACUACAAUAUCUCGUAAACGCAACUGAUCACGUUAUUUAUGUGCCUGGUGAAAUUCAUCUUAAAGCCAGUGCAAAUCAGCGAUUAUUACGACGUAACCUUAAACCCGAUGACGAUAAAUCCCUCGGCAUGAAA